AUUUCAAAAUGCGCCGGAACAGACUUGGAAAGGAGGACUGGGUUCACAUCAAGUGGCAGCCGGGCCAGAUAACCCACACCUGCCAGAAAGAUGGCAGCAGUUGUGGGAUCUUUGUCAUGCAGAUGGCCAAGAUGACGGUGAUGGAACUACCAAAGAUUCCACAGCAUUUCCGCAUCAACUCAUCUAAACAAUCGAUUGAAAAGCUAAGAAGAAACAUGGCUGAAGACAUUCUGAAACAAUCAGUUUCAAAGGAUGAGCUCUGUUCCUUCUGUGGAAUUGAGGACCUGCCCAAAACUGAAGUUGAUGCUGUUUGGAUUCAGUGUGGAACUUGCUCAAGAUGGUUUCACACGCUGUGCCUUGGGAUGACAGCAGCACAAAUACCAAACAAAGAUACCCCUUGGUAUUGUGUGUUGUGUAACUGAACACUUAGGAAUGUAUAUGUCUGACUUUGUCGGAUGAACUUUAGGACCGAAAGUUUAUCAAGUUAAAUGUUGUUCAAGCCGAACCAGUCAUGUGUAUUUUGGUAUCUGAUCAUUCAUAAAGAUUACAUGUGGGAACUACU